AGUGAGAGAUAUACCAAAAUCUCCGUCCACAUGUUUUGGAGUACCUCUUCUCUGGUGAAUUAACCAGGUCUAAGGCUCACUAAUAAAGCCUAAACAGUACGUUGGCGAUAUGGCAACGAAGACAAAGAAGUACAUACUCGUACGUUCAUUGAAAAUCAAUUGGAAAACAUGCGUUAAAAAUUACUUUUAAGGAGUUGCAUACGUAACCCACUCAUUGAUUAUUCUGGCGUUACAUCUUCCGUUCUAAGGCUUGUAUUCUCUUUCCGAUCAAUAGCUCCCGUUCGAAAGGUCUUUAACCUCACUUCAAAGCUCGUCGAAAUGCAAUCGCACCAGCUUUUUACACUCUUUCGCAAGAACAAUAAAAAACACCAGAGUUGAGCAAAAUUUUCGUUUUAUUUUCUACAAAUCCACAUACAUCGUUCAGCGCUAACUGACCAGCACUUUUGGGGUUUCAAUUGAGCUAUGCACAAGUCAGCUUUUAUUAGAUUUGUCGCAGUGCUAGUUGCAGUCUUUCGGAAAUACCCAAACGAGCAACAUGCGUGUACCGAUAGACACGCGUAAAAAGCAAAAUAAAAAACAUUAAUUUAAUAAUAAAAAAACAAAAACACUCGCAAGGACCCGCAUUUCUUUUCGAAAUUUCAAUAAAAUCACCAUCAUUUUGUUUUUGUGUUUAAAUACUUACUUAAACUACAGCGCGUUGAAAUCAAAGAAAUGCUAUCAAAUCUCAAACCGCCAUUAGCAAGUGUGUCCUUCGUCUUCCCUCCACUGCUGUGGGUGAUAACAUGUUUGUUGGCGUCAGUGAGCGGUUAUCCUUCCAACACUUUUCGCGAUCUCGAUAUCUGCAAUCAUUGGAAUGGACGUCGACAUUUUCUGGAAUUGGGCGAACGUGGCGAUUUGCAUGCGCGUAAUGUCACCACAUCCGCUUUUCGAAGCACCCUAUUCUCGCCCACAAAUCCUAGCCAAAUGAAGAAUCGCAGCAGCACAGAUAUUUGGUAUCAGUGCAAUUUGGAGCUGGUGACCUGCGCUGAGUGCGUCAUUCGCAUAACAUUCACGCACAUCAACUUCUCUAAGACGUGCGAACGCAUUGCCAAUUCGGGUAUUGGAAAAUCCUCACUUUGUCCUUGCGAACAUAUUCAAUUCUCGGAACCACCGUAUGACACAACGAUUUCGGGCCAGGAGUUCUGUGGCGAUGGCAAAGUGUUUCGCAGUAAAACGCGUACGUUGUUGCUGAAAUUCUUCUAUCGCGCAACCAAUAGUCAUGUCUUUUCGCUGCAGUACUUCUCGGAAAGGAAUGUUAAAAUUGUUAGCGGCUCACCGCGGCAGGCCAUAAUCAGCAAUUAUUCCAAAAAUGAGCCGCAUGUCAUCUCAACUCCCUACUUUCCUAUGCCGUAUCCUCGUGAUUACGGCAUUGAACAUAUACUGACAUGUGAAUCGGAAAACUGUCAAGUGCGACUGGAUUUUACCGACUUUCAGUUAGGCCUAACCUCAACAUUGGAAAUAUUCGAUUCGAACGGUCAAAUGUUGGACUCGUACACCGGUGAACAUUUUCGUCCGCCCAUCACAAUUAGCAAUGGUAAAUCACUAUUGUUGCAAUUCCGUGGUAACGGUAAUACGGGUGUCGGAUUUCGUGCCGAGAUAUCUUUCGUUUCAUCCAAGCAAUUGAAGGAAGAUCGCUUAGUGCCAUAUACAGGUGAGUUUUGGUGUAACUUCAGAUAAGAAAUGAACAAUUGGGGAAGUUACUUAAGAUCAUUCAAUAGUAAGAACUGAAAACGAUUCAUUAUAAAAA